UUUUUUUCUUUUUUUUUUUUUUUUUUUUUUUUUUUUUUUUUUUUUUUGGCGUCUCUUCCCCCUUUUUCCCUGGAGUUACAAACUAUUCCCGAAACCAAACCAGCUGCUGCUCCCGCUCUCGGAAUUUUCCCCCGUGACAGAACAACUACCACCGCAGAGACCCGUCGCUGUGGCCGCUUCUCCCUCACAAUUCCCGCCGCUUAUUUUUCUAUAAAUCCAUAUUAUUAUUCUAUUUUUUUUUUUCUUCUCCACGCGUGCCGUGCCCCACUCCCUCCCUGUGUCCCUGAGCAGUGUCGUUGUCGCCGCUCGGCGUGUGCGUGCCCAGCCGUGACCCGGCGGCUCGGACAAGCUGCGGCUCCAACUUUCCCAGGCGGAAUUUGGCCGGAACAUGUCUCUGACCAACACAAAGACGGGCUUCUCGGUGAAGGACAUUUUGGACCUCCCUGACACCAACGAUGAGGACGGCUCGGCGGAGGGCGGCGAGGAGGAGAGCGAAGCGCCCGAGCCGCCCAGGAAAGGGGGAGUUUUGGGACAAACCCCCUUGGACACUGUUCCGACGCUGCCUUUGAAGAGUCCUUUUUAUGAUAACAGCGAUAAUCCCUACACGCGCUGGCUAGCGAGCGCCGAGGGCAUCCAGUACUCCCUGCACGGGCUGGCGGCCGGCGGCGGCGGCCAGGACCCCUCUGCCAAGUCCCCGGAGCCGUCGGCAGACGAGUCGCCCGACAACGAGAAGGAAGCGGUGGGCGGCGGGGAUGCGGGCAAGAAGAGGAAGAGGAGGGUGCUCUUUUCCAAGGCGCAGACCUACGAGCUGGAGCGGCGGUUCCGGCAGCAGCGGUACCUGUCGGCCCCGGAGCGGGAGCACCUGGCCAGCCUGAUCCGCCUCACCCCCACGCAGGUGAAGAUCUGGUUCCAGAACCACCGCUACAAGAUGAAGCGGGCGCGGGCCGAGAAAGGUAUGGAAGUGACUCCUCUUCCCUCGCCGCGGCGGGUGGCCGUGCCGGUGCUAGUCAGGGACGGCAAGCCCUGCCACACGCUCAAAGCCCAGGACUUGGCAGCCGCGACGUUCCAGGCAGGCAUCCCGUUCUCGGCGUACAGCGCGCAGUCCCUGCAACAGCACAUGCAGUACAACGCGCAGUACAGCGCGGCCGGCAGCCCCCAGUACCCCACAGCGCACCACUUGGUACAGGCGCAGCAAUGGACUUGGUGAGGGCUGCGGGCCCCGCACACACGCCCCGAAAACGGAAGAAAACACAGAAAUAACAGGCACAAACCGAGAGAGAGACAGAAAGAGAGAGAAGGAGACAGACUGAUGCUCCAAAAAUAAAAUAAAAAAAUUCGAAACUGCGGGGGAAGGAAUGGCGAGGGAAAUGCUAUCAAUAUUAUUAUUAUUGCUAUUAUUAUUAUUAUUAUUGCUAUUAUUAUUAUUAUUAUUAUUAUUAUGGGUUCUUUCCCUCUGCCGUUUCUUUUCCCCUCCAUUUUUUUGGGGGGAGUUCGGUUUC